AUGGUCUCGUUGACUGCAGAUGUCAAUGGCUCAAAUGCCCAUGCUAGCACAGAUGGGACAUCUUUGGAAGAUUCAUGUGCGAAUUUGAACGGCAAUACAUCCUCUCCCAAUGAAACCCAUGUGUCGAAAGUCGCUCUCCUGGAGCCGAUCGCUAUCUGCGGCAUGUCCGUACGUCUCCCCGGAGGCUUACACUCACCACAGCAAUUGUGGGACUUCUUGGUGGCCAAGGGCGAUGCCCAUGGUCCAGUCCCCAAAUCAAGAUACAAUGCUUCAGCCUACUUCUCCGAGGAGGUGAUCCCCAGCCGCACCAAGACCGAGUACGGAUACUUCCUUGAUGAGAGCAUUGACCUAGCUAGCGUCGACACGUCAUUUCUCACAAUGGGAAAGUCAGAGGUUGAAAGAAUGGAUCCUAGCCAACGACAAAUGCUAGAAGUUGCCAGAGAGUGCAUGGAAGAUGCUGGCGAAAUGAAUUGGGAAGGACGACCGAUAGGCUGCUUCAUGGGCACCUUCGGCAAAGACUGGGCUGAGAUGUUUUCCAUAGACAGCCAGCAGUAUGGUCCAAACCGUGCAAGCGGAACCGGAGACUUCAUGCUGCCUAAUCGCAUCUCAUAUGAGAUGGACCUGACGGGGCCGAGCAUGACCGUCCGUACUGCUUGCUCAUCGAGUCUUGUUGCACUACAUGAAGCAUGCAUGUCACUUUCUAGGGGCGACUGUGAGGGAGCCAUUGUCGGCGGCGCCAACUUGAUGUUAUGCCCAGGCUUGACCACUGCCCUUGCGGACGAAAUGGUUCUUGCACCUGACGGCUCAUGCAAAACAUUCUCUAGCGAUGCCAAUGGCUACGCGCGAGGAGAGGCUGUCUCUGCUGUUUUUAUCAAACCUCUGGCCGAAGCCAUCCGCCAUGGCAGUCCGGUCCGAGCCGUCAUUAGGGCAACAGCAUCAAACUGCGACGGAAGGGGCAGCGGUAGUGGGAUCAAAGCUCCCAAUGACAUCGCCCAAGAGGCUCUGAUCAGACACACUUAUGAGCUGGCUGGAAUUACGGAUUACUCGAAGACGGCGUUCGUCGAGUGUCAUGGUACAGGCACACCGAUUGGAGAUCCUCUCGAAACUGCAGCGGUCGGUCGUGUUUUUGGUCCCUUUGGUGGCGUCCAAAUUGGCUCAGUCAAGCCGAAUGUUGGUCAUUCCGAAGGAGCCUCAGGUCUCACAUCACUGAUCAAGUCCGUAAUGGCUCUGGAAAACCGCAUCAUUCCUCCAAAUAUCAAAUUGAACAAGCCCAAUCCCAAUAUCUUGUGGGAUGAGUAUGGACUAUCUGUUCCAACAGAGCCGACGCCUUGGCCUGAGGACCGGAGCGCGCGCAUUAGCAUAAACUCCUUUGGUAUUGGAGGUGCAAACGCCCAUGUCAUUCUCGAUUCCGCCGAAAGCUUUGGGAUAUCUUCUGUUCCUAACCAACUUACCGUGUCACCACAACUGCUUGUCUAUUCGGCCAACAACGUUGAGUCAUUGAAAAAAACGAUCGCCACAUACCAAACCUAUGUCCAAACCAACCCAGGCAGAGUCAGUGACCUGGCCUUUACACUGGGCAACAGAAGACAUCAUUUGCCCUGUCGGGCAUUUGCUGUGGCAAAUACAGUGGGUAAUAUUACGGCGGCAACUCCCUCUAAAUCUGGAGAAGAACCCAGCAUCGUGAUGGUAUUUACGGGUCAAGGUGCCCAAUGGCCGCAAAUGGGUGCGUUGAUGAUCGACAGCCCCAGCUAUCCUGUAUUCAAGGAAAGUAUUCGAUCUCUCGACACACAUCUACAGACACUCACAGAUGCUCCGGAAUGGAAUAUUGAGGAAGAGCUUAUGAAGGGGCCCGAGACUAGCAGGCUAGGCUCAGCCGAGCUGUCUCAACCUCUCUGCACGGCCAUUCAAAUUGCUCUGGUUGACACUUUUGCUUCCAUUGGAGUUGAGCCCACUGCUGUCGUUGGUCACUCCAGUGGCGAAGUGGCCGCUGCAUAUGCUGCCGGCGCUAUCACGGCGGAAGAGGCAAUCGCAGUUGCAUUCUAUCGUGGCCGAAUCACCAAGCUACAAACCAAGCCUGGAGCGAUGGCGGCUAUCGGCAUGGGCUCUCACGAGGUUCAGGAAUAUCUGCAGCCUGGGGUUAUUGUUGCUUGCGAAAAUUCCCAUCAGAGUAUUACCCUCGCUGGUGACUCCGAAGCAGUCAGACUCGCCGUUGACAAGAUCAAAGAGGCCCGCCCUGAUGUACCGGCAAGACAUCUGAAAGUCGACAAGGCGUACCACUCUCACCACAUGGUUGAGAUAGGUGACGACUACCAUGCCCUAAUUGAACAUCAAGUUUCUGUAAAGAAUCCAACAAAGCUGUUCUUCAGUAGUGUUAAGGGCAAGCUGCUUACUGAAGACUCGAGUCUCGGCCCUGAAUAUUGGCGGAAGAAUCUAGAGUCUCCGGUGCUCUUCCACUCAGCCAUAUCCUCUAUCAUUCAGCACGACAUUGCGAAGAAUAUGGUCUUUCUAGAAGUCGGCCCUCACUCAACUCUUGCGGGACCCUUGCGGCAAAUCCAGGCGCAGCACUCUACCUCUUCUCCAUAUGUUUCUACCCUUAUCAGAAACCAGAACGACGAGGAAUCAUUCCUCACAGCCAUCGGGAAGAUGCAUGUUCUCAAUGCCGCCCUCGACUUGAGUAAGGUAAUUUCCAAGGGUUCGAUUCUACCAGACCUCCCAAGAUAUCCAUGGGACCACUCAAGGAAAUUCUGGUACGAGUCCAGACUGAGCAAGGAGUGGCGACACCCGGAGCACAAGCAUCACAAUCUGCUGGGCAUGCGGGUCGCGGACAGUCUUGAAUUUGACGUUCGUUUCCGAAAUGUCUUUCACAUGGACAACGCAUCAUGGAUUCGUGACCACAAGGUUGGUGAUGAUAUUGUAUUCCCUUUUGCUGGGUACGCUGCAAUGAUUGGAGAGGCAGUACGACAAACUACCGGAGUGAAUGAGGGAUUCAAGCUACGCAACAUCAUCAUCAGCACUGCCCUUGUCUUGAACGGCAGCGAUACAGUUGAGAUCAUGACUACGUUGCGCCGCCAUCGCUUGACAGAUUCACUCGACAGUGAGUGGUGGGAAUUUGCUAUCGCAUCUCACAGCGGUACUGUCUGGACCAAGCACUGCUUUGGUGAAGCCAGAUCAUAUAGCGAAGACUUGGGAUAUGCCGAAAACAACAUGCCUCUUGUGCGAAAGGUCCGCACCCGCCGUUGCUACCAGUCGCUGGCUACUUCUGGUCUCAAUUUUGGGCCAGCAUUUCAGCGCUUGGAGGAUGUCCGGUCCGGCACUAUUUCGCAGAAUGCAACAUCGGAAGUUGUUGCAAAAAGCACUGAUGGCAAGGACUACCAUUUGCAUCCGACGGUAAUUGAUGCCUUACUACAGCUAAUCAAUAUUGCUGCAUCUAAGGGCUUUGCUGAGGCAGCAACCAAAAUGAUGGUGCCUACCAGCGUUGAAGAGUUAUCCAUCUACCGCUGCUAUGAGGAUGUCCAAGUCCGGGCUGCCGCAUCUUAUUCUCCCAAUGGCUCGGUCGUUGGCGGCGGGCAGUGUGUUACCCCCGAUGGCAAGAUUGUCUUACGCAGCUCUGGAAUCCGACUUUCCGUCAUUGAUGAUCAUGAUACCAGAAAUUCUGGCGAUGCCGCUGCUCGCGCAGAAUGGGGUCCUCAUAUUGACUUCUUGGAUAUUAAUACUCUUAUCAAGCCAUCUAUUGGUCACAACAACGAAAAGCCUUUGAUGACGGAGUUGGCUCACUUGUGCAUGAUACACACAAAGCGUGUUAUUGCAGGGUUGGAAACUUCAAUUAGCCAUAUGUAUAAGUAUCGAUCAUGGAUCGACCGCCGCCUCCAGUCUGUGGAUCUCCAAAGUCUCCACGACCUCGAUAAUGCUGCUAUUGAGCAGCGAGUUGCACAGAUCGUCUCCGGACUGUCACAAAGUCCGGCCUUUCCUAUUGCCGUGGCCAUUCAAAAAAUUUCUAGGCAUGCCCAAGAGAUUUUCACCGGUGAUAUAGAGGCACUGGACCUCCUCAUCUCAGACGAUCUAUUGGCAAAGGUCUAUAUAGCCAUGGAUCAUUCCGAUGUAUCUCUGUUCUUCAAACAUCUCACUCACAGCAAGCCUAAUCUGCGAAUCCUCGAGAUUGGGGCCGGAACAGGUGGAUCUACUGCCAGGAUUCUGAAAUUGUUGACGCCUGAUAACAAGACCUUAUACUCGAAUUACACCUUCACUGACAUUUCAUCUGGCUUCUUCGCUGGAGCCGAGGAGCGCUUGAGUAAGUAUCCUAGCAUGGAAUAUGCCACUCUCGAUAUCAGCAAAGAUGUCUCCGAGCAGGGGUUCGAGGGUCGUACGUACGAUCUCAUUUUGGCAACCAACGUCAUCCACGCCACUAAGUCCCUCAAUGAGAGCUUGACACAUGUCCGACAGCUGCUCGCACCUAAUGGCUGGCUCUUGCUCUGUGAACUGACCCCAGUUUUCAAAAGCAUCAACUACAUUUUUGGAAUUCUAGCCGGUUGGUGGGAAGGCGAGCAUGAUGACCGGCGAGACGAGCCAUACGUUGAUGCCGAACGCUGGAAAAGGGAGCUGAAGGCUGCUGGAUUCCGCUCUCCUGAUGCUGUGGUUCUUGAUUCAACGGAGCCAAAUCACCUGAACGUCCUUAUUGCAGCUAGACCAGCAAUCGAGAACAUCCCCGAGAGACGUGUCACGCUCUUGAAUAUCCCCGAGUCAAAGAACGUGAGCGCCAUGCAUCAAGGCCUAGAGAACAGGGGAUAUGCUGUGCAUAAGUGCGGACUGAAUGACCUACCGUUACCUGCUGGCCAAGAUGUGAUUGCCUUGCUUGACGAUGAAGGUCCCUUUUUUGAUAACAUAGAUGAACAGCGCUUUAGUUCUUUCAAAACUUUGGUGGAAAACUUACAGAAUUGCGGUAUUCUCUGGGUGACUAGUCUUUCGCAGAUUCAAUGCCAGGACCCACGAUUCGGCCAAGUCCACGGUAUCGCCAGAACCAUUCGCUCCGAAAUGCUCGUCGAUUUUGCUACCUGCGAGGUUGACAAUGUCGGAACUUCCCUAGACCAAAUCAUGGACGUGUUUGAGAGAUUCCAGGUCCGUCAAGAGGACGAAAGUUUCAAGCCCGAGUUCGAAUACGCUGUCGUCGAGAAUACUGUUCACGUUGGACGUAUUCACUCCUUCUCGAUGCAAGAUGAGCUCUUGACAUCUGAUUCGACUGACAGUAUCGCGCUUUGCACCAGAAAGCCUGGCCGCCUGACUGCUUUACACUGGGCUCACCGGGAGAUUGAAGCGCCGAAAGAUGACGAAGUGGAAGUGGAGAUAUAUGCCACUGGCUUGAACUUCAAGGAUGUUUUGUGUGCCAUGGGCAUUGUUGAAGCCUCCAAUAAUGGAUUUGGCCUUGAAGCUGCCGGCGUCGUGAGCCGUGCCGGUCUCGGCGUGAAGGGUCUCAAGGCCGGUGACCGUGUCAUGCUCAUGCCUCGCUAUGCAUUUGGGACACGAGUAAUUAUCUCUGAGAAUCUUUGUGAGAGAAUCCCGAGCGGUUUGAGCUUUGAGGACGCGGCUACCAUGCCUUGCGUGUUCGCUACGGCGAUGUACUCUAUAUUCGACAUUGGGAAUUUGAAGAAGGGACAGUCCAUUCUUAUCCACAGUGCCUGUGGUGGAGUUGGUCUUGCAACCAUACAGCUCGCCCAAAUGGUUGGUGCCGAAAUUUAUGCAACUGUCGGUAACGAGGAGAAGGUCCAGUAUCUCAUGGACACAUAUGGUCUGCCACGAAACAGAAUAUUUAAUUCUCGUAACACCUCCUUCGUCAGCGACGUUAUGCGGGAGACUAAUGGAGAAGGCGUUGAUUUGGCACUGAACUCGCUGUCUGGCGAGCUACUGCAUGCUACGUGGAAGUGCAUUACCAUCUUUGGUACGAUGGUAGAGAUUGGCAAGCGAGACCUGAUCGGCUUUGCAAAGCUUGACAUGAAUCCUUUCCUAUCCAACCGCAACUACUGCUCUGUCGACUUGGAUCAAGUUUGUCUUAAAAGGCCGACUAUUGCGAAAAAGCUUCUCAUCGACAUUGUCGAACUACUCAGGGAGCGACACAUCCAUCCUAUUCGACCAAUUAAGGUCUUUAAAGCUCCUGAUAUCCUCGAGGCCUUCCGGUACAUGCAGCAAGGUGUCCAUCUAGGCAAGAUCGUCGUGUCGAUUCGGGAUGCUGCUGGUCAAGAAAACCUUGGAGAUCUAGUUCAGCAGCGGAAGAAGCCUACCCACCUCGAUAGCGCCGCUUCAUAUCUGCUUGUCGGUGGCCUCGGAGGCUUGGGCCGCUCUGUCUCUACGUGGAUGGCGGAACGCGGAGCCCGCCACCUCAUCUUUCUUUCCCGAAGUGCGGGGUCAAGUCUGCUGCAUCAGGAGUUCUCCCAAGAGCUCGCCAGCAUGGGAUGCCGCGCCGACUAUGUUCAAGGCAGCGUUUCCAGUCUUGACGAUGUGACCAAGGCCGUCGCAUGCGCUCAAGGUCGACUGAAAGGUAUCUUGCAAAUGUCCAUGGUGCUUGCUGAUCAGAGCUUCAUCCGUAUGACAUUGAACGAGUGGAACACGGCUGUUGAUCCUAAGGUCAAAGGAACGUGGAAUCUACACAAUGCCUCUGUAUCCGCCAACGCAGACCUUGACUUCUUCGUUCUUUUUAGUUCCAUUUCUGGUCUGAUUGGAAAUUCCGGUCAAACCAACUAUGCUGGUGCCAACACUUUCCUGGACGCUUUCUCUCAAUACCGCUUGAGUCUGGGGCUACCAGCCUGUGCCAUCCAGAUUGGUUCCGUCGAUGAAGUAGGUUAUACAGCUGAGAACGAGUCGCUUAUGCAGAUGGCGAAGUCUCGUGGUGUCUUGAAUGAAACAGUCUCAGAGUCCACGCUUCUUGAGGCAAUAGAGAGGGCCAUGAAAUCGGCGUCGAGCGAGCUGUCGCCCAUUGCCUCUGAUACUAUAAACAACUUUUGUCUUGGCAUCCGAUCCAGCACGUCCCUGAACGAUCCCGGAAAUCGGUCCCUCUGGAAGAAGGAUAUUCGAAUGGCAGCCUUACACAAUGGUGGUGAAGCCGGCUCCACGUCAACCUCUGCUUCCAAUGACGACUUAAAUGUUUUCCUCAGGACGGCCAGGAGUGAUCAUGCUUUCUUGUGUAGAUCCAGCUCAGCCCCUUUUCUCGCUGUCGAAAUUGGAAAAAAGGUGUUCAGCUUGAUGUUGAAGCCAGAAGAGGAGCUAUUGACGUCAUGCUCUCUGUCUGAUAUAGGAAUGGAUUCCCUUGUGGCAAUUGAAGUAAGGCAGUGGUGGAAGACGAUUUUCGGGUUCGAUAUCAGUGCAAUGGAAAUGAUGGGCAUGGGCACCCUUGAUGCCCUUGGAGAUCACGCAGUCAAGGGCAUGCUCAAAUUGUUUCACGGCGAUGAAGAGAAAGCCAGCUAG